GAUAUUAGUCUCUUUGAAACUACUACGACUGAGAUUCACUCAGAAGAAAACGACAUCGAAUCGCUUUAAAAUGAAAUUCGCAAUUGUUUUGCUCGUCGCCAGCAUUGCCUGCAUUAAUGCCCAGGCCUUUGGUCCUUUUGCCGGCGGUAAUCCCUUCGCUGCAGCAUAUAAUCCGUAUUUGAAUGGAGUUUUCGGUGGAGGCGCUGCAGGACUCGCAGGACCCUCAGGUGCUGCCGCCCCAGCUCUUCCAUCAUCAUCCUUUGGCGGCUUCUCUGUCUCCGUCUUCUUUCAGUCCGUGGUGCUGCAAAAGGAGGCCGACCGUCAGCUCAACCAGGUGAACUUUCCUGCCGACUUGGCCGACCGUAUCCAGACCGUGCUUGACAAUUCCCAGGUGGGCUUUGCCAACUGCGACACUGCCACUUUGCCAUGGAUGCAAAUCCGCUGCGUCAAGCCCGCAGUGACCGCUGCCAAGGACCAGCUGAAGGCCAUCGAUGACGAAUGGAAGGCACGUCAGGCGGCGUCCACAGCGGCAUCAACUGUCUAAGAUGAGCUUCCCAAUUUGAACACCCAAUGAAACACUAAGUGCAAUACACCAACAUAGAUUCGAUAUGCUUAAAUAAACAUUUUGAAAGCACCUUA